CGUAUUGUUGAGCUGUCUCGGGGGAAAAGGACGUGUGGAAACCGAAAUGGCGGCGCACACAGUAAUCCGGAGCGGUGGGGGGAUUUUAAACGGCCUGAAAUGCGCCUUAAAGACUUUCAGUCAUGUUCCUCGGAGCUUUGCCGCUUUAUCAGGCUGUAAAGGUUUCCGGAACACCCAGUGGAGGGGUCAGGGUCAGCUCUCAGUGCAGGAGAGGAUCGAGAGGAAGCGGAAAGCCGCGCUGCAGGGAGGCGGCGGACACAGGAUCCAGGCACAGCAUCAGCGGGGGAAGCUGACUGCUCGAGAGCGAAUUGCUCUGCUGCUGGAUCGCGACUCGUUUGUUGAGUACGACAUGUUUGUUGAACAUCGCUGUGCAGAUUUUGGAAUGCAGGCCGAUCACAACAAGUACCCAGGCGACAGCGUAGUCACAGGGCAGGGCCGGAUCAACGGCCGGCUCGUCUACGUCUUCAGCCAGGACUUCACCGUGUUCGGAGGGAGUUUAUCAGGAGCUCAUGCCCAGAAGAUCUGCAAAGUGAUGGACCAGGCGAUGAUGGUUGGAGCACCGGUGAUUGGGUUGAAUGAUUCGGGUGGAGCAAGAAUCCAAGAAGGAGUCGAGUCUCUCGCUGGAUACGCCGACAUUUUCCUGAGGAACGUGUUGGCCUCAGGUGUUGUUCCUCAGAUCUCCCUCAUCAUGGGGCCGUGUGCAGGAGGAGCUGUUUAUUCUCCUGCCCUCACUGACUUCACCUUCAUGGUCAAGGACACGUCGUAUCUCUUCAUCACAGGGCCUGACGUGGUUAAAUCAGUCACUAACGAGGACGUGACGCAGGAGGAGCUGGGAGGAGCCAAAACACACACCGCUGUGUCCGGUGUGGCUCACAAAGCAUUUGAGAACGAUGUUGAUGCGUUGCUGAAUCUCAGAGAGUUUUUUAAUUUCCUGCCUCUCAGUAAUAAAGACUCUGCACCAGUCACAGAGUGUCACGACCCAAGUGAUCGCCUUGUUCCUGGACUUGACACACUCGUUCCCUUCGAGAGCACAAAGGCCUACGACAUGCUGGACAUCAUCCAUGGUAUUGUAGAUGAACAUGAGUUUUUUGAAAUCAUGCCCAGCUACGCCAAGAACAUUGUGGUGGGAUUCGCCCGCAUGAAUGGCCGCACCAUCGGCAUUGUGGGUAAUCAGCCUAAAGUAGCCUCAGGAUGUUUGGACAUUAACUCCUCAGUGAAGGGCGCACGCUUCGUACGCUUCUGUGAUGCCUUCAACAUCCCCAUCAUCACCUUCGUCGAUGUUCCUGGAUUUCUGCCAGGGACGGCGCAGGAGUAUGGAGGAAUCAUCCGACACGGUGCUAAACUGCUGUUCGCUUUCGCAGAAGCUACGGUUCCGAAAAUCACCAUCAUCACCCGGAAGGCGUACGGUGGUGCGUACGAUGUGAUGAGCUCUAAACACUUGCGUGGCGACGUUAAUUACGCCUGGCCGUCAGCUGAGGUGGCUGUGAUGGGGGCGAAGGGUGCUGUUCAGAUUAUUUUCAGGGGAAAAGAGAACCAAGCCGAGGCUGAAGCGGAGUAUGUGGAGAAGUUUGCUAACCCUUUCCCUGCUGCUGUUCGAGGGUUUGUUGAUGACAUCAUCCAGCCGUCUACCACGCGCCUGAGGAUCUGCAGAGACCUGGAGGUUUUGGCGAGCAAGAAACAGAGCAACCCAUGGAAGAAACACGCAAACAUCCCGUUAUAACCCCGCCCACCAAGCACUAAACACUCCAUCUCAGCACGUUCUCACUUACUGUUCAGAUUAAUAAAAGGGUAAACCCUGAACACGGCUCACUGUGAAACGUGCUAGCAUCAGUCCAGACCAAAAUAAUUAAAUCUACAUGAAGUCAGAUUUAUCAGAGUUUGGUGUGAGCUCUAAUGGUUAAAUAGGUGGAGUUGAUUUGAUUUGAUUUUUAUUUUACACUUUUGAGCCUGCCUCUUUAUUCAAAUGUCCACAAAGCCUCAGGUAGAUCUCCUGCAGUUAGCAUUAGCGAGUCCUGCUGUACUCUUGGACAUUCAGUGGAAUAAAGCAGAGUGAACUGAUUAUUUUUCUAUAACACUAUACUGCAUACCCAGGUGUUUUAUUCCACUUACACCACAGCAAUCCACCACUGAGCACAACUUUUAUAUAAAUUUAAAAAUGUUUUAGAAUGUCUGUCUGUGAAACAAUUUAGCUUUUGUUCUCUCUUGAUUUAAAAAAUUAUAAAUGCAUUAUAUAACCCCUCCCCCCCAGGUAACCACGCCUUGAUAAUUAUCAUGCAAUCACUGCUCUAAAACAUGAUCUAUGGGUGUGUUUAUACGGAUGUGGGCGGGGUUAAGAGUCGAAAUGCAGCCACUGGAGGGCGUUUGAGACGUUUGGCUAUACUUUCUGUCCAGCCAUGAGAAAAAUGCAGGGCUUUCACUGUAGUGACGUAAUCGGUGAAGUGUUUGAAAUGAAUGCUUUGAUCUCGAAUGACUAAUCCUCUCCUGUGUAAGACCUGAUCCACUGUGAGUACAGUACAGCACAGUGUUGCAAUUGUGAUCAAAAGCUAAUGAUUUAAUCUCACUGUACAUGUGUAUAGUGACAAUAAAGGCAUUCUAUUCUAUUCUAAUGAAUCAGUGCAAGAGAUAGACAGGUAGAGAGACAGACAGAUUUGGUGUGCUGAUGAUGUAAAGGUGAUCCAGAAUAAAUAUAAUCUAUAGGAUGGAA